CCCAGGCUGGGGGGGAGGGCGGCAGGCAGGGGCCACAAACCUGGCCCCCAGCCCCCACUGAGCCCUGACUCGCACCACCCGAGUUUCCCCUGCCCCUCGGCUUCACCUGUCCCGCCCUCCAGACAGCAUCUUUCCUCCGGUCUGCUCUCGGCUAUUCGCAUUUUAAACCCGGUGCACCCCAUCUCGCCCCGAGUUUGCUGAGCCUCUCCCCAAAUUGCACCACCUGAUUCCAUUUGCUCCCCCAGAAUUCCCCUCCCACCAGCCCCUCAUUCAGUUCCUGAAUGUCCCCAGCCCUGAAAUUUCAGCCACUCCAUUGCUCGCUGCCCACCCCCCACCCUCCCCCGCACCCCCACCCUCAGUGCGCUGGUUUCCUCUUUUCAAAAGGCACGCUCCCACUCCCACAGCGCACACCCCCAAUACCUAGUCCCCCCUAGUUUCACCCAGCCACCCGCCAGCUCCCACGGUACCCCAGCCCACGUCUGCUCAGCACCCCAUUGUCCUGGCUUCUUGGAAACUCCCAGAGGCUCCCAAACAGUCACCCGCCCCUCAGGAAUCUCACCCACCCCAAAUUAGCCCCCAACCAUUCUCCAUCCUCCAUCCCUCCCUGUCCCGCCCUCUCGCUUUUACUGCGAAGGCACCUCCGCCCCACCUGGGGGACCAGGACCCCACCUGGCAGACAUGGUCUCUCACUGCCGAGGUCACAGGGAGUGGGCUCUCUGCUGCUGGCGCCUGAGGGGGCUGGGCGCCGAGCCCACCCUCUCCCUGCCCCCUCAGCAGGCCCCUGCUGCCAUGCAGAAGCGCUACACCGUCCACUUCGCCAAGGGCGCCCUGCCCCCUGGGACCCCCAACGAGUGCUACUUCUUGGAUCCAGAGUUGGGGCACCAAAAAGGAUGCUGUCACCCGAGGUGCCAUGACCCAGCGGCCCCUCGAGCCCACAGGCCCUGUCGACCACCCCCCCAGGUGCGCUGGCAGCUGGCUUGCCACGGCCACAUGGGGUGUGUCAGGGGCUGUCGCCGGGGCCCCCAGCACCCCAUCCUGCAGCAGCAGCGGCAGCCCCAGCCCCCACCUCCCAGCCCCCUGCGGCAGCGGCUCUGCUCCAUUCACCAGGCCCAGCAGGGGCCGCCUGCAACCGCCGCUGCCCCCAUGGGACCGGCCAGCGCCCCCCAGCUGCCUCCCGCGCCCACCACCUCACUCACCACGGCACCCGCCACAGCCAGCAGCGGUCCAGCCCUGCCCUCCGCAGCCGGCACCCUCCUGGAGCCCAGCGGGCCCUCUGGCGCCCGGCCCCUGCCUGCCCCCGCAGCCUUCAGCCUCUUCACCUCCUACAGCUCCGAUAUCCUGACAGAGGAUGACGUGUACUGCAGCUGCCUGGCCAAGACCCUCUGCCACGUGCCUGUCCCCGUGACCGUGGGUUUCUACGCCCCCUUCGGCUGCCGCCUGCAUAUGAUGCUGGACAAGAUCACUUCGCUGAUGCAGCAGGAGGCGGCGCAGUGCGAGGCCGAGGAGCUGCAGCGCGUGCAGUGGCGGCCGCGGCCCGUGAGCGGCUGGGGCCUCCCGCAGCUGCUGUGGUACCUGGUGUUCCUGCGGCCCAUCAUCACCGAGGUGCACCUGCGGCGCAAGAACGUGCAGUUCCUCUUCAUCCGCUUCAGCGCCUGGCAGUACGCGGGCACCGACAAGCUGUGGGCCGGCCUGGUGACCACGCUGUGCGAGGGCAUCCGCCGCCACUACGGCGCGCUGCCCUUCAGCGUGUACUCGGUGCUGGGCAACAAGCCGGCCACGUCGCCGGGCUUCUACCAGCGCGAGUGGCACUGCCGGCUCCGCGUGUGCCUGGCGCUGCUGGCGCUGCUGGCGGCGCUCUGCCUGGGCGUGGGCCUGCUCUACCUGUCGGUGGGCGCCCGCGGGCUGGGCCGCGGCGGCCCCAGCGGCAGCGUGCUCCGCGCGUUGGGCGGCGCGGCCACCACGCUGUCGGGCUCGGGGCUGCUCAUGGCCGUGUACUCGGUGGGCAAGCACCUGUUCGUGAGCCAGCGCAGGAAGAUCGAGCGGCUGGUGUCGCACGAGAAGUUCGGCAGCCAGCUGGGCUUCAUGUGCGAGGUGAAGAAGGAGGUGGAGCUGCUCACCGACUUCCUGUGCUUCCUGGAGAUCUACCAGCGGCGCCGGCUGCGCGUCGUGCUCGAGGUCACCGGGCUGGACACGUGCUACCCCGAGCGCGUGGUGGGCGUGCUCAACGCCAUGAACACGCUGCUGUCGGACAGCCACGCGCCCUUCAUCUUCAUCCUGGUGGUGGACCCCAGCAUCCUGGCCGCCUGCCUCGAGAGCGCCGGCUCCAUGAAGGGCACGGCCGACAACGGCUACCUCUUCCUCAACCGCACCGUCACGCUGCCCUUCUCCGUGCCCAUCAUGGGCCGCCGCACCAAGCUGCGCUUCCUGCACGACGCGGUGCAGAGCCGCGACGACCUGCUCUACCGCGAGCUGACGCGCAACCUGCGGCCGCCGGGCCGGGGCGCGGGCGGCGAGGGCGCGCAGCUCCUGGAGGUGGAGACGCAGGCGGGGGCCCAGCGCGCGCAGGGCCGCGGGGACGCCGAGGCGGCGCGCCGCAUCCAGGAGGCGCUCUUCUGCCUGCACGACGAGCGCGACUGCCUCUACGAGUACGUGCCCGACAACGUGGUGUCCAUGCGGCGCAUCGUCAACACCGUGCCCAUCACCGUGCGCCUGCUGCAGCAGCAGCAGGGCAGCUUCGGCGGCCCCACGCCGCGCCAGGCCGUGGCGUGGGUCGUGCUGGCCAACCAGUGGCCCUGCCGCCUCAGCUGGGUGCUGCAGUGCCUGGAGGACCGGCAGCAGGCCGGGGGCGCGCCCGAGGCCAGCGCGCGCCUCUGGGACGUGUUCUGCGACAACAGCUCCGAGCUGCACACCAUGACCAAGGCGUUGCAGAACGUGCUCGACCUGGACGGCGACCCCGAGCUUUUCGAGCGCUUUCUGGGUGCCGACUUCCCUUUCACCGUGGCCGAGGCGCAGAGCCUGCUGCGCUGCACGGUCAACCUGGACCACUCCAUCCGCCGCCGCAUGGGCCUCAUCCGGGCUGUCAGCGCGCUCAAGCCGCCCAUCCUGCCCAAGUCCGUUGCCGGCAACGACCCCCACGCCGCCACUGGAGCUAACAACUCCCCCCAGGCGGCCCCAUCAGGCCACACCGCAGGGCACGCCCCUGCGAAUGGCAGGGAAGCCGGCCACCCCCGGACGGCGCGCGGGGGCAAGCCGAGCCCCACGGCCUGAGCGCCCUUCCCCUGGGAGGACUCCAGCCCAGGUGGGCCUUGAAUGGAGGACUCGGGC